GCUCGAAGUAACCAAAAAAGGCCUGUAAUGCGGACUCCUUCACACCAGGUGGCCACACUGACGUUGUAAAGUCCAUUCAACGUGUUUGUCAGUGAAGCGAUCAAGAACAUUAUAAACAUCAACCGUCUGCAGUGAUUCCUUCUCGUUUGACCAAAAAACUUGAGUUUUAGUGGGAGCGGAGGGGAGUUGGAAGAAAAUGGACCAGAGAGCUUGGAAGAACCCAUACGCAGACUAUGAUGGGAACCCUGCAUCUGUGCAAGAACUAUUUGAUUCACAAGGAAAGCUCACAGCAGAGUUUGCAGGGCGGUUGAGCAAUGCCAUCAGUCAGCUGUUGAUGCACAUGGAGAAUGGGCUCAAGUCUGCUGACCCUAGAGACUGCACUGGCUACACUGGCUGGGCAGGCAUCGCCUUGCUUUACCUGCACCUCCACGGUGUGUUCGGGGAGCCUUCAUUCCUGCAGAAGGCUCUGGACUACGUGGGCCACAGCCUGACGUGUCCGACGCGGCGACGUGAUGUCACCUUCCUGUGCGGUGACGCCGGGCCCCUGGCCGUGGCUGCAGUGGUCUACCACAGAGUACAGAGGGCACAGGAGUCAGACGAAUGCCUCAGCAGGCUGCUGCAGCUCCAUCAGUCGGUGGUAAUGGGCUCUGGGGCCAGCGGUCUCCCUGAUGAGCUGCUCUAUGGCAGGAUGGGUUACCUCUACGCCCUGACCUUCAUCAACCAGCAGUUUGGCCACGACAAGAUCCCCAUCCAGUACAUCCAACAGAUCUGUGAGGCUGUGUUAAUAUCGGGGGAGGGCCAGUCUCAGAGGUUCCGUUGUCAGGACCAGAGCCCUCUGAUGUACGAGUGGUACCAAGAACAGUAUGUAGGCCCCGCCCACGGCCUGGCAGGCAUCUACUACUUCCUCAUGCAGCCAGGCUAUGUGGCGGGGGAUGAGAGGGUCCACAGGCUGGUGAGGCCCAGCGUGGACCACGUCUGUCGACUCCGCUUUCCCACUGGGAACUACCCGCCCUGCAUAGGGGACAACAGGGACCUGCUGGUGCACUGGUGUCAUGGAGCCCCAGGCAUUAUCUACAUGCUGCUGCAGGCCUACAAGGUGUUUGGAGUGGGCCAGUACCUGGAAGAGGCUCUACAGUGUGGGGAGGUGGUGUGGCACAGGGGCCUGCUGAAGAAGGGCUACGGCCUGUGUCACGGCGCCGCGGGUAACGCCUACGCCUUCCUGGCCCUCUACAAGCUCACCCAUGACCCCAAGCACCUCUACAGGGCCUGUAUGUUUGCAGACUGGUGCAUGAACUACGGCAAACAUGGCUGCAGGACACCGGACACUCCGUUCUCAUUAUUUGAAGGCAUGGCUGGAACCAUCUACUUCCUGGCAGACCUCCUCCAGCCCCUGAAAUCAAAGUUCCCAGCAUUUGAGGUGUAAAAGGUAUCCCUGCUUACCCCUGGUCUCCUGCCUGCUGCUCUGGAAACUAUCAUACACAUCCAAGCACCUAAUCUCUCUCCAUCUCUCUCACACACACACCGAGACAUUUUAAAGAAACACACACAGGCAUAUACACCGCAGAGUCACCUCUGCAGGUGAUAAUCAAGAUGACUUUUUCCAUCACAACAAAAUCUUCCCACAGUCUCUCCUUAUUGGCUGAACGAACAGUAAUUGUGUGUUGUAGGGAGGGGGACCAGGGACAAUCAGUGCAAGGGUGACAUUUUGCACGAGCAAAUGGCAUUGAGCAGUGAGCAAAAUAACCAUAAGAUAUCAAAUAGAUGUGAAGGCAAAUUAUCCCAUGUGAAUUCCAAAAACUUCAACUCUCAAUUGCAUCGCACACAUCGCAUGCAUUGCUCAGUUGACUAAACCCUGGCUAAAUUCUUGCCUUCUUAUAACACUACUUGUUGAAAAGUUCAAAUUAAAUCAUGCUUUAUAAUGAGUUUUUUUAUCAUACAGAUUGAGUUUUAUGGUAUUCUUUGCACAGAGCUGCACCUUUUUUUUUUGCGUGAGGAAAAUGUCGCCCCUAGUCUAAUAUGUGCAUGGUGCAUGGGGGUUUGAAGUGUUAUGCACUGAAACUGGCUCACUAUUUUGUGUCUAGACAUGGGGCAUAAGCAGAGAGAACCACCUCGAGUGGAUUGUUCAUUUAUGGACAUCAAUUCAAUAUUUACUUUUCAUUCAUUUUAUGACGCAAUGAGACUUCAGUUUGUCUAAGAUGAAAUUGACUAGGAUUUGUUUGCUUGGGCUGGAGUCUGGUCAAUGGGUCCACUCAACUCGGGACCAUAAUUACCCCCUAGGUGACGGGGGUUGGAGCCCUGUCUCCACCUCUCCUGUCGGUCCCUUUUAUCUGGCUCUGCUGUCCAGCUGUACUGUCUAUGAAUCAAUAAAAAUACCAAGGGGAUUUGAGUACCGACCAAUCUCCUAUUAAAAAAAAAUAGUAAUAAUCUUUGCUCCAACAUUCAUGUUUGUUAAUUGUUAAUUUUAGAUUUCACCUUUUUUUUUUGAAUAACCGGAAUAGAAAUUCCAUGGUGUAGAGGAUUUUUCAUCUUUGCAGAUUGUGGCUGCAAUAGAAACUUUGUAGUAAAAUGAUUAUACUGUGUGACAAAGUACUACAGUAAAACUGUAAUGACCAUGUGGCGCAUCAUAAGUUGUGUGUGUGUGAUGUACGCUUGUAACUCUACUGCUCAUCUACGGUUUCUUCACGUUUCCAUUGGCUAAAUAAUAAAACAAGGUAUUUUUUACAUCUCACCUGUCUGUUACCUUUGGUAUUAAACUAUUAUUCAUGGU